UGGUCAGAUCCUCGAGUUCUGAUAUUGAAAAACGUCGAUGAGCGAGGCUGGCACUUCGCUGUCAAGGCAGACAGCCCUAAAGGACAGCAGAUCGCAGCAAAUCCACAUAUCGCCCUCACCUUCUACUGGCCCCAGAUGGGCCGUCAAGUGCGGGUCCGGGGCCUUGCAGUUGCAGUUCCUGCUGAGGAAUGCGCCGCCGACUUUCUCGAUCGUCCGAUGGCAUCACGAGUCAGCGCAAUAGCAUCGACACAAAGUCGCAUCCUCACCCAUCCUUCUGAACUUCGGGCAAGCCUGAAGAAGGCCAAUGCGCAUAUUCAGAGCGAUCCACAGUACGUUUCGCAGGAGUGGCGAGUGUACGCAAUCGCUCCAGAUACUGUAGAAUUCUGGCAGGGAGAAGCUGACCGACUUCACGGAAGGCUAAGAUAUGCGCGCACCGCGGCAGAAGAUGUUUGGCAACAAGACAUCCUAUGGCCGUAAGCCUGAAAGGGAAAUCAUGAGCAUCUGCCUUGGUAGAGUCGAAUUGUCCGUUUGACGGGCAACUGUCGGCUUGCAUUUCAGUCUUUGGCCAUUCUCUGAGUUCUGGAACGACAUGGUUAUCUUGGUCGCCAAGGGAAGAGUUCUCCGCAUUGCUGCCUUGCGCGGAAAGUCUAGAGCGUGAUGAUCCAUAAUUUGGUGCUCUCCUCCGUCUAUAUCAUUCCACGGAGGUGUGCGCAAACCUUGUUUGCAGGGAUUCUGAUAGCGUUGUCACCUUUUGUACACCCGCACCUAUCUAUGGGACCUAUCUAAAGUUCUAGAUGCGGAGAAUGCAACCUCAAAACGGACCGUCGCGAAACGCCGAUCACUGAUAAGAUGAUAUGCAACAUGGGCUGCAUGGUUGGCCACCGCACGUUGACCCU